UUUUAAUGGUUGAUAUAAUAUUAUUGAAUUUUCUUCAAAAGUCUAAAUGCAUCAGGAUUAAAAAUUGUCUCUAAUCGAUAUUCGCGACUUUAAAAUCUUUGUUUUUUAUAAAGUAGUCGACGAUUGUUACAGUGUAAACUAGACCUUAAUAAUCGAGAAUAUUUUCACGUUGCAUAUCUAUAUACUUGAAGUCAUAGGGUUUUACAGGGAAACGGAGUGGUAUUUAAUUUGACGAUUACAACAAUAAACAAUCAUCGUACAAGUGGAUAUGAAGUUUAAGCGGAUUCGGUGUAACGGUGCUUGCGGGCGUAAAAUGUAUAUCGCUUAGUACUAUGUCCUAUUGUUUUUUUGCAGACUAUGUAAGCCAUUGUCGUACCUCGAUAUUGCACAUACACUUGCUCCUGGACAUACACCCUCGACUAUUGAAAGAUUUAGAUUUUUCGUUACAAUAAUGAAAGCGGGGAUACGAUAGGAAUUUGUAACGCAAUUAGGAGAAUUAUUUUCAAGACCGCUCGAAAUAUUUAUGAGAAACCAUCGGUUAUUUGUUUAGAAAAAUUUCAAAAUGGUCUUAAGUCGAAAUGACAAGAGAAAAAGGAAAGAAGGAGACCUUGUGGAUCUCAUGGAUCCACUAUCAGGAUCACCCAAUAGAACAAAGGUUCAUGCGCAAAGAAAGUUUGCACAAGGAGCAGCAACAGUCUUUAAUCCUGCACAUACUCCCAUCAAAGAAAAAGAGAAGGUGAAGCCUGCUACGAUUACAGAAUUGAUCACACAUAAACGCCCAAACACUGAAGACUUCCUUACAUUUCUUUGCUUUCGAGGCACACGAAUAUUACCGCCAAGUCUCAAUUUCUUCAACGUUGGACCUAAGAAAGGUUCUUCAGAUCCAGACCCAGAACAGGCAUCAACAGAUAAUAGUCCAUCAUCAUCAACGAUGUCAACACCAUCAAUAGAAGUGCCAAAGGUGACAACGUGUCAGAAAUCUCCAGGUAAAAUAAAGAGCAGCAUAACUGAAAAGAAAAAGGUACCUAACAGAAUACAAAAAAAUAUUAACAAAUACAAGACAACAUCAUCCACAGUUCAAGCAUUGAAGAAAAAGUAUCAGGAACAACGUCUUGCCAAACAAAGGAUUAAGAAUAAAUUCAAAGCCUCGUGCGUCAUGAGAACGCGCUCGGCGACUGAGCAGGCAAUUUUAAAAUCUACCAGCAAACUAACACCAAGUAAAUUCCUUCCUAAGGUUGAGACAAAAAGACACGGUUUACGAAGUAGCGCACUUGCAGAUAAAACAAAACGCGCAAAUCUAACAAAAGUUAAACCAGUACCGUCGAAACCAAAAAAAAGAAGUAUUACAAAGGAUAAGAGUAGUGGUUCUUCAGAUACCGAAUCGUCGUCGGAAGAAGAUGUGCCUCUCGUAAAACCAACGCUGCCAAAGCGCCCGUUAAAAUCCACAGUUCCCAAAAAGAUCUGCACCAGGAGCAAAUCGGAAAUGCGAAGAAUAACGAGAUCGCACAGUGAAACUAUUUCUGCACAAAUUAUAUCCAGGCGACCAUCUAGAAAAACAAAAGAAGCUGCUGCCGUUUACAUGGAGAUCCUUGGAAGAAAGUUAAUUAGUCCUGACUUAGAGAAUGAUGAUAAUCUAUCAGUGGACAGUUUUCCCGAAUUACCAAACGCUCGUAGAAUCGCCCAAACGGAAAAUGAGAUCAGAGCGAAAGUAAAGCAAACGACAAAGCUGAGUACUAAUAAAGAAAGUAAAAACGAAACUUGUACUAACAAUCCCAAACGUGCUGAUAAAAGUAAACCAGAAAAAGUUGUAACGAAGAGCAAAAGGCUGAUGAGAGUACAAAAGUAUUGCGAAUUAGAUAGCGAGGAAGAAUCAGAAAGUUCCGUUGAAUCUAAUCAAACACGACCUAUCACCAGACGAAGUGUUAGUAAAUUAGGAAAACCAAUUUCCAGGAGCCUAAGGUCUUCCUCACGGAAUGCUACGACGAAACCUGAGCCUCAAAAUAAUACAAAGAGCAAUACAAGCAAAGACAAAGCCCUGGUAAAGCGUAAGCGAGAACAAAAUACUGCCAAAGUGCCACCUCCAAAAAAUAAUUCAACUAAGCAAAAGAUGCAAAAGAGUAAAGCUGAUAGUAUAGAAUCAGAUGAAGAAACAUUAGGAAUGCUAUUAGAUAAACUGAAAAGAAAGAAAGAAUCUAAGGAAAUGGAUACACAAACUCCUCGUACAGAUCGGAAGAAGACAGAAGAGAAAAAUGAAAAUGUACCUCCGUCGGAAGUACUGAACAACAAGCUUGACCCUUCUAAGAUAUCGGACGAUGAGGAGUCUUUCAGAGGAUUUUCGAAAAAGGCAAUUUCAAAAGUUCUUAAUUCCUGCCAUACUCACGUCAGUGCCAAUCUCCUUGCAUCUGAAGAAGCUGAUGGGAAAAUGGAUGUGCUUAAAACACAAGACACGCCCCAAACCAGCAAUUCGGAUUCAAAGGAAAAGAAAUAUACGAUUAUAGAAAAUGAUAGUUUAACACCUGUAAUAACAAUACCAAGUUAUCCCUUUGUUAAACCUGUACAAGAACUAACUAUUAAUUUGGAUCACGAAACAGUGACCAAUUUACAAAUACCAAUUGUGACAAAGUUAGAUAGAAAGUGUAAUCAUGAUUCAAAUGAUACUACGAUUAACAUCAUUGAUAUGCCAUUACCAACAUCUUUGGCACGUAAAGAGCGUGUUAACAUGUCAACAGAACAAAUUGAAAAAUGGCUCAAUGAAAGUUCAAUGGCUAAAGAAGAAAGUAAAGUUGAAAUGGAAACAGUGUCGAAUUUUAAAUAUGACAUUGGUGAAAAAGUCAAGGCAGACAUUACGCAUUUAUCAAUUCCCACUAGAAUUCAGCAUUUAGUACGUCCUGUUAAUGUGACACUUUCAAAGCUAGCUGAGAAAGCAAACUCAAAGGAUCGUAUAGCAUUACAAAGUAGAAUUAUACCAACGCUUAUAACAGCUACUCAAUCUAUUCCUUUCAAACUACAAAACAUACCAACUAACAGGAAUAAAAUUAAUGCUGACAUUAAGGAGAUUAUUAAAGGACGUAAUAUGAAAACGAGUAAAGAUUCUUCUUUAGGAGAUGACAGUGACGCUGUGUCGAAGUCUGAUCAGAAUUCAGUGGACGGUUCACCCGAGAAAAAAUCAUCUCCAGAGAAGAAAUCAAUUUUUCAAUUACGCAAACCCUUUCUACCGAAGGUCAAGGAGCGCAAGGGUAUAACCCCAAAUGCUAAUGCAUUUUCCCCAGAGAACGAAAGUAGUGUUUAUGCUUUUGAGAGUGAUACAGAAACUCCCAUAAGUACGCCAUUCCGGCGAAAACUGAAGGAAGGUAAUAAGGCAAACUCUGUUUGCUCAACUACGGAGGAUGAGUUGAUGAAAGCUGUGGAGGAAGUAGUGAAACCCCACGAGGAAUUAUUAAAAAAUGAGGACGAAGCGUCAAGAGCUAAUGAUAUAAUAGUUAAAACUGAGAAGGAGUCACCAGUUAUUAAAAAUCCUGUUGCUUCAACUACAAUAAGUGUUAAUAAGUUUCAACUGCCAAAGAACUUUGCUAGCUUAGCUAAUGUUCAAGUUUUGCCAUUAGAUAAACUUACAACAAGUUGGAGCAAUGUUAACUGUAGUGCUUCUAUAGCAGUCCAGGUUAACCUUGAUGAACAGUCCCAGGAUCCACAACUGGUAGUGAGUGAGGAGAAUGGUCAACAAAAGAGCACUGAGAUAUCCACUCAGACAGAAUGUAAUAAUGACAAUGAUGAUGAUAAUGAUGGACAAUUAUUCUACAUUCCAUUACAAGCAGUAACAAGGAAUGGACCAAAUUUAGUCCAAGGUCAACAAUUGAUACAAGGAGUUGCUGUUAAAUUGGGAACCGAAGGCCCAACUGGACCUAAUCAAAGAGUACUAUUACGUGCUAAAUUGGUUACCAAACCACCUGUAUCUGUUGUACGGUGUCCUCCAGUUGGUACGGUACAACCUACAACUCGUGUACCACCAACUUCUUCAGCACAGACAACUGUGGAACAACCGAUUGCUUCAACGUCUGUUAUAUCCACACCGUCAACUUCUGCUUUUCAACAACCUCCAUCUAUAGUGCAAAUUUCAACUAGACAGACUACUUCUAAUCUACAAAGUUCUAGUAGACAGGCAACUACUGUAACAGCAACGGCAACAACAACAACGACAACUACAGUAACAUCUUUUGAGUCGAAAGUUACGAAAUCCCCAAAAAUAACCAGAGAAAGAAAAGCUUCUGUUGAUUCGGUGAAAAAUGGAAAAAGGUCACAGUCGAAAACCAAGCAUAAAAUCUCAGAAUUCUGCUCACCUACUAACGACACUACAUUUCCAAUUGCGCUAGAGUCAAGUAAAGAAGCUCGACUUGUGGAAGCUCCAACUUUUCAUCCAACUGAAAAAGAUUUUCAAGAUCCGCUGGAAUACAUUGAUAAGAUAAGACCGAUCGCUGAAAAAUUCGGUAUUUGCCGUGUGGUACCUCCGCCUAAUUUCAAACCGGAAUGCAAGGUAUCCGAUGACAUGCGAUUUACAGCGUACAAUCAAUACGUGCAUCGUAUGCUUCACAGAUGGGGACCUAAUGUAAAAGAAAUGAUGGCUAUAAAGAAAUAUCUGGCUACACAAAGCAUAACUUUAACUCAUCCACCAUGGAUCGGUGGCAUGGAAGUAGAUCUACCACAUUUAUAUCAGACAGUACAAAGUUUAGGUGGACUAAAGGAAGUCAUUGAGAAGAAAAAAUGGCAGAAAGUGGCUGACGGUAUGAAAAUACCAAAAUCUGCACAAGAUCGCGUAACUAAAUUGGAUGAUAUCUAUUGUAAAUACUUAUUGCCCUAUGACACAUUAUCACCGGAGGAAAGAGAAAAAUUAUUUGAUGAAGUGGAAACAGAAUGGACGAAACACGAAAGCAAAGCAUUAAUGAGACAAGAUGCUCAGUCCAAUGAUAACGAUGAGGAGGAAGAGGAGGACAGCUCUGACGAAAUCGAAGAAUGCAUCGUGAAAGGUAGAAACAUGCCGCUCAACGCUUUUUACCGAAUUGCACGCAACACGCAACGUAUGUGGUUCGGUGAGAAUCAGCGCUCCGGAAGUGAAGCAGAGGGUGCUUCGGCAGAUGAAGUGGAAAACGCAUUUUGGAAACACGUUGCCGAAAGGAAGCGUCACGUCUGCGUCCACGCGGCCAGCAUAGACUCCAGUGGUCGUGGCUUUGGAUUCUCUGUUGCUAAGAACAGCCCCUUUGCCAGGCACCCUUGGAAUCUUAAAGUGCUUACUAACAAUGCUGGGUCGGUGCUCAGAGCUUUGGGACCACUAAUGGGUGUAACUGUACCAACGCUCCACGUUGGGAUGCUGUUCAGUGCCUGCUGUUGGUAUCGAGAUCCACAUGGCUUACCUUGGAUAGAAUAUUUGCAUACAGGCGCUAAAAAAAUUUGGUAUGGGAUACCUGACGAGCACAAUAAUAACUUUAGGGAAGCACUCUCGAAGAUGGUACCUAGGUACUGCAAGAAUAAAACUAUUUGGUUGCCAUCUGAUACUGCCAUGGUACCACCAGAAACGUUAGUCAAGAAUGGCGUACCUCUGUGUCAGACAGUACAGGAACCUGGUCAAUUUAUAAUUGUAUUUCCUAAAGCAUUUACUUCGAGCAUUUGUACUGGUUAUGUGGUCUCAGAGAGUGUGUAUUUCGCGCAGUCUUCCUGGCUGGAAACUGCCGAACAAGUGUUCAAGGACAUACAAGAUAGUUGUGAACCAACAAUAUUCUCCUUCGAAAGACUACUGUUCAGUAUUAUCAAUGAUUCUAGAUCUCAUAUCGAUGUACUUAAACAGAUUUUACCAAGCGUCAUAAAAAUUCGUGAUCGAGAAAUAGACUAUCGUAAGCAAUUAGAGUACUUGGGUCUGACCAAUACUGAGAAACUACCACUGCCUGAUAGUGGAAAACGAAAAAAGGGAAAAAAGGUGAAUGACGACGAUGGUGACUUUGAAUGUGAAACUUGUCGGACCAACUUGUUUGUUUCUUUGGUGAACAAUUCGCAAGAUGACAGUGUAUACUGUCUCCCGCAUGCACUUCACUUGCUUAUCAGAAAGAAACAAGUUCUCAAGCAUUGCACACUUAUGUACACCUACAGUGAGCACGAACUGGACGACCUGAUUCACAAACUUGAAGACAGGAUCGAAGCCAAAUCUAAGAAGACUAAUCAAAUCAGACAAGCUAAAUAAAAAAAUACAUUAUUUAUUGAAUAUAUUUAGAUUAUAAUUAUUUAUUAAUUUGAAUCGUAUAGCGUCGAGUACAGCGCUAUAGCUGCAGAACAUAUACAAUCAUAUUAUUUAUUAACAUUUAUCGUAAUCACCGAAUAUUUCAAGCAUCACGUACCAGAAACAGAAUUUGAUUAGUUUAAUUAUUUAUAAAGUGGAGUCUUACCUGUUUCUCUCUUAGAGAAUAGUUUUAUUUCAGCUGUGCUUUGGUAAAGAGAAAGAAAGUAUAGAUUCUUGAAGCAAUCAUUAAACAAGUCAUUGAUUUCGUAUUUAUACACUGCAAUCUCCGUCAUUAAGAGAUUAUAAAGUUCUCUGCCUUUCCGAAAACAUUGCAAACACCCAAGGAGAGAGCAUCCUCUACCUGUAGAUACGAUGCGCGCACUGAUAUACGCAACUCUUUUGAACGGGCAAACGUAUUACGCUUUAUAAUCUCUUUUAUCUUAUCCUGAAGCCCCGUCUAAUUUUAGUUGAGUAGAGGAUCGUUUAGUUAAGAAAUUCCUUGAAACACAACGAGAACUACGGAGACUGCACUGAAAUAAAUUAAAUUUUUAUAUUGCAAUAAUAAUAUGAAUCAUUCCAUUAUGUUUCAUAUUAAACAUCAUCACUUUUGUACAAGUCCCUUCUCAGACCUAGUUGAUAUUACAACUUAUUUAAUAUUGUAUACCACUGUUAAAAUCUCUGAUUUCUAACCAGAUUUUAGUAUACUAUUAUCACAAAAUGAAAAUGAUGUGAAGGCAAUAUAGAAUAUAGUAAAUGUAUAUUAUUUGCAUAAAUUAGGGUAUUUCAUUAUCCGACGCUACUUUAAGAGAUAAAAAAUCGUGGCUUUCGCUAUCUAGUUACAAGUGCCAAAUUGUACUGUAUUCAACGUUUUUUUUUUUUACAAUUGGAAAUAUACAACUCCUAAAGACUUCGAUGAUAUUUUUAACAAUUAUCACAAUCAUAACGUGUUCCGCAGUUGGCUUCAGUAUAAUGUAAUUCGUUCAACAAUAGGUCUUUAUAAAAGCAAAACAAAAAUAUGCAUAUUUUUAACACCUGCUACAGUUUUAAUUGUAAUCUUCAAAAAUAGCUCUCAGUAUGAACGUUCCGUUUUGAAUACCAUCACGUUAUAGCAAAUAUAUCUUCAUAACUGUUUGGAAUAAAUAUAAUCCUCUCAUUA